CUGAGAUCAGUGCAGUGGGCUAGCGCCGAUAAACCCGACAACAACAACAACAAUCCUAUCAUCAGUUUGGCUGCUAGCUUCCGCUUGGUCUGCAUUGCAUUGCAUUCUGAUCUGCAACCAGCUGCCUAGGCCUAUACGGUACCUACACAGUUAAUUCUUCUAGUUGUUUGUAACAGACAUCAUUCAUCACCCUCUAGCCUAGUAGUAGGCCUAGAGGUCUAGUUGCUCUGUGAAUUGAAGCGAAUACUUUGACGUUAUCAUCAUACUGUUCGGACACACGUCUGGCACUGGGUACCAGGAAUCAAAGGAACAGCCAUGAUGAAUAUUUGGAUGGUACCAGCUGUCCUUCUUCUGUCUUCAACCUAUCUUGUAACAGGACAUGGUGAUGACACCCAUGAUGAAUUUCAAGGGGACCCCUACAGUGAUGACGGGUGCGGUGAAACCAGGGGGUGUUUUGACUGUCGAGAUAAUCUUGCAACGUGUAAAGUGAACGUCGCAUGGGAGCCCAACCCACACGAGGGUGUGGUCAAAUUCACGCUGUGGGGAACCAAGGUGGCAGACCAAGCCCAUGUAUCAGUAGGAAUAACACCCACUGGAAAUAUGGCCAAUGCUGAUGUGUAUUCAUGCAUCAGUGAUGACACUGGAUUGGUUAUGGGGAGAUCUAGGAAUCCAGAGACUGGUAGGACUACCACAGCAAGACCACUAAAAGGAGUGUCUGGUCAAGAGGUCAGCGUGAUGGAAGGCAUGAUCCGUUGUCAGUUCAACCGUAAUAUGUCAUUGGAUGAUGGAGAUGAUGAGUUCUUUGAUAUCAAUAAUAUCAGCUACUUCCUCAUUCUAUCAGCGGGUACCGCAGCCGGAGGGACAGGUCAAGGACACGAUGUCGGGGCAAACAGAGGUUUAUCUGCAUCAGUCGACCUCUCUCAGACCUUUUCAGUAGGAGCAGGAGAAUCGAUGGCCUACCUAAUGAAAUUACAUGGCUGCCUGAUGAUCAUAGCUUGGAUAGGUCUAGCUAGUGUAGGUCUCACCAUGGCACGAUUCUUCAAACCAAUGUGGCCUGACUCCAAACUCUGUGAUGUUAAAAUUUGGUUUGCUGUACAUCGAGCAUGUAUGGUUUUAGCUUUGUUACUGUUCGUAAUCGGUUUCAUCGUAAUAUUUGUCCAUGUGGGAGGAUUCUUAGAGCUUGGCGAUGGUACAGAGAGCCGUCGACGCUUCUCCCAUGCUGUACUAGGAGUGAUUGUAACAGCUCUUGGUGUCAUCAAUCCUAUCAUGGCUAUCUUUAGACCCCACCCUGGUACCCCCAAACGAUCCAUCUUCAACUGGGCUCACUGGGCUGUGGGAACCAGCGCAUUGAUCUUAUCAUUCGUGACUAUAGGUCUAGCCCUGGUACCUAUCGCAGAAAUAAACAUACUGCCUAACCUUCAGGGCUACACUUUCUGGGUUCUCAUCGGGUUCUGUGUGUUCAUGUUUGUCAUGUGGGUUAUCUUUGAAGUAGUCCGAUGUUCGACAGACAGUGAAGGUCGCACUAAUGAUAUCCCUCUGAGUGACAAAAAUGAUACUGUGCAAGCAGCUGAUGAUACAGGCCCAUCGCUUAUUGGCUCUGCUAUUAGGGAGUUCUGCAUCAGCAGGAAUCUAUUUGUCCUGGAGAGCGAGGGUUCAAUGCUGAAGACCAUUCUCCUAUUCAUCUUCUCGCUCGGUGCUGUGUUUGCCACUGCUUUCCUCAUCAUCACCAUCGCCAUUGCCUGAAGGUCUGUCUGAGAGGCUAGCACCACAACCAGCUUCAAAAACUACCCACAGUACUCUUUUUUAUAUAUACUUCUGUGGGGGUAAUUACUAAUUACAGUUAUUUGCAGCCAAUAAACAUGCAAGACAUUUUAAAUACAGUAUACUCAUUUUGAGGUAGCACAUAACCAGCUACAUGUACUAAGCAGAUUCCUAAUGAUAUUGUAUUCACUAUUGUACGCAUAACUAUAAAAAAAAAAAGCUAGAUAUGCUUAAAGGGAACCAAUCACUUAAAAAAGAUAAUUUGUGUAUGGCUGGUAUGUAUCAAAUCAACCUCAAAAUCUUCACCCAAUAUUUGAUGGGCCAACAGAUAAGGAGUAUGAUGAAUUUAAAGAAUAACAUAACACCCAAGUCGGACUUGGGUUCUGUGCUGGCCCUAUUCUGUGCAAACACAUACAGAUAGUUCACUCAUCACUUUUAUGUUGUUGAGAGUGUAUAUAAACACACAGUAUCUCUUUAUAAAAGUAAAAUUUGAAGCUCACUUUUAUUAUACAUAUUAUAACCACAUGGAUAGUUGGAUACGCUUUCAAUACAUGUACAUGUAGGAGACUGCUUAUGCAUGUUAGCAACAAUUUGCCGUCUUCUAUUACGAGCAGUAACAUUGAGUUAUGCUCUUUUUGCUCUCAGCAAUAUGACUUGUGUAUUAAUGAGCUUACAAUAUUAAAGUUGUCUGCUGUAAGGAUAGUCCUAUCUAUCCUGUAGUAAAGACCUGAUGCCCUUUUUGCUCUCAGCAGUAUGUUUCAUCUAUAGUCUAUCGGAAUAUAUGAUGGUAUCUAUAUUGUGUUAGCAUGUAUAUAAUGACAUCUGCUAAGAGCCAUGACAGCAUUAAGUCAUAUCAUCAUCCAUAAGAUUUGUGUACAUGAGUCUAUUCUUGGGUACAUAUGUAUCUCAACCUAUUAAAGUCUAAACCUCAAAUUAUAUACUGUUGCAUCAAAACAAUAUACUAACAAUGAAGGAAAACAACAUCUACUAUAAAAAAAUACAUGUACAUACAUACAAGAAUUGAUAUCAUGUUGGUUAUCUACAAAUACAUGUAUCGGUACAUACACACACCCUUACAUACAUACAAGUAUGGAUAUCAUGUUGGUUAUCUACAAAUACAUGUAUCGGUACAUACACACACCCUUACAUACAUACAAGUAUGGAUAUCAUGUUGUUCCUAUCAAAAGGUAUUGUUUUUUUAAAACAAGUUACAAUGAUUCCUGCAAAACUACUGAGUGCAACAACUUCAGAAUUUGCCUCUUUUUUUAGUAUACCGGUAGUGAAUUAAGCUUAAUUCAGAAUGUACAUGUACAUCAUAAAUACUGGUUAAAUGAUAACAAUAUCUUGUACACACAUAUAUAUAUAUAUAUAUAUAUAUAUAUAUAUAUAUAUAUAUAUAUAUAUACACUGUAUAUAAGGCCAGAAAUACAUUGAAUUACAUCUUAUUUUCAAUAUUCUACAUUUACAAUUACACUUUAUAUGCAUGUCUAAAGAUAGACAUACAUUUACAUUACCGUAUAAUAAAGCUGUAGAAAAGUGUCUUGUGUGUCAUAUAUAUGGCUGAACAUCGGCUUAAAUUUAUAGAAAGUUAUUGAAGAAAUAGAAACAAGUUUUUACUGAUGUUCAUGAAUUGUAAGUAAUUGAUCUGAGUGGUUUUAUAUACAGUUCAAAUUCAUGGCAACUCUCAUAAAGAAAUAGAUUUGAAUGAAUUACAACUAUUUAUAACAUUGGGCUCUGGAAGUUAGUAUAUUUGAUUGUGUCUCAUUCUCUAAAAUCAUUUUCUAUUCCAUGUCGUGCAAUUCAUCGAAAGAAACUCUGAUUGAAUGGUAUCCAAGAAUGAUAUUUUGUGUGUUAAAUUUGCCUCAACAUGUUUUCAGUCCUCAAGUUAAAAACUUUAAAUAGGAAAACAAAUGUUGAAGCUGACAAUGUAUUGGAAGAAGGUGGUCAUUUCAAAAUGUGACAUAAUCAACUUGCUAUUGUAAUGUGCCUUCUAUAGUAAUAUACAUGUAUGCCUUCUUUUCAACAUUUUUCGCUUUCAUAAAAAAUGUCAGUCAUCUUUCUUGAAUGUGUAUACUUCAUUUUCUUUCUAGGGGCAUAUUUUGAUAAUGUGCCAAUUCAUACGUGUAAAUGUAAAAGGUCUACAAUAUAUAUAUAUACCAUGUACAUAUAUGAAUUACUACAUGUAUACCAAAACAUUGCAGCAUUAUACAUACAUGAGGUGCAUAAAAGGUGUUUUAUCUCAAACAGCACAUGAAAACUUAAGGUUUAAUAAUCUCAGAGUAUAGUAAAUGCAGGAACGAACACAUGAUGAGAACUACCAAAGAUAUUGACAGCAUUCAUUUCAGUAUUUCAUUUCAUGAAAAAGAUGGCAACCCAAAUAAACUUUGUCGAUUUUGAAUGACUCCAAGUGAAGGCUUACAUGGGGUGUACUUUAAAUACAGGUUGCAAGAAAAGCCAAGAAUUGUGUCAUGAUACAGAGAAUUUCAUAAGUUAUGCUUGUAAAUGAGCCUUUUCUUGAGUCUGACUUGACAUUGUCACUUUUUCUUUGAUAAUGUACAAAAUCAAUCAAUGUGAAUAUUAAUGUCAGAAAUUGUUUUUGGACUGAAAUAACAAUCAUUGUGUAAGGACUUUUGACCCACAUUCAUUGUUCCAGCCAAAACUUAGUAGAAGAGGAUUUUGACAAUAGUUUCAACAUGUUGAUUCUGACAAUGUAUUUGGAAAAUGUGGUCAUUUCAAAAUGUGACAUAAUCAACUUGCUAUUGUAAUGUGCCUUCUAUAUUACCGGUAUAUAUGUAUGCCUUCUUUUCAAUUUUUCCACUUUCAUAAAAAAUGUCAGUCAUCUUUCUUGAAUGUGUAUACAUGUACUUCAUUUUCUUUCUAAGGCAUAUUUUGAUGAUGUGCCAAACUGCCAAUUCAUAUAUGAAAAUGAAAAAAAGUCUACAAUAUUUACGUGCUAUGAAUUACUAUACCCAAAACAUCUUUCAAACAGAAGAGCACCAUCAGGGGAUAAUGUAGGAUAUAAUGCUCCAACUCCACAUGAUUAAUGUGCACAAGGGGCAAAAGAAAGUAAGAACAUGAAAAUACCCAGAAAUGAAAGGUAUUAAAAAAGAGGAUCUACUGGAAAGCAGAUUUAGUGAGUUAAGAGGUCAUUUUAACCUGAAUUAUUGCAAAUAUAUUGUGGCGAUCUACAGUGUAAUUCUGCCUUUUAUUUUCAUUUACAUGUACAGUAUGAUGUAGGAGUUGUCAGUCCUAUAAAUUUCUGUGAACUUUGAAGUAUUCAUAGUCAUUUCUGCUGCAGAGGAGCCAUAACAAUAAGAUCUUUGUGUUAUGACAUCAGGCUGCACAGCACAACUCUAAAUUGUGAACCUCCUAAAUUACAUAAUUUGCAAGAGAUAGAAUUGAAGCACAUAAAGUGCCUUUUGUGAGUAAUAUUGGCCAUUUGAUUUCUCAAAAAAACAUAUGAAGGUGUACCACCUUUAAAAAUCAAUGACAGUAUAUUACAAUAUCAUGUCUACUUGCAUGUACAUACAGUAAAUAAGGUAUGUUGUCUUGUUCAUGACAUUGAUUUUUAUGUGAGCUUUGAAUGUUGAUACUCUAUAAUAUAUUUGACACUUUCAAACUGGGAAUAUUUGACAUGUUUCUGAAUAUGGAAGGAUGAGAUAAGAAAAGAUCAGCUUAGUCAGCAAGUCAGAAAAUAUAUGCAACAUAAACUGAAAACCUACAUCUCAUAUGAUGUUUUGACAAAUAUUCAUCAAUUAUGCAAAGAUACUAGAAAAACCGUUUAUAAUUUCCAUCUCUUUACUAUCAUAAGCUUAGCAGUUGGCAAAAAAUGUAUUUUGCAGAAAUGUCUUAAUAUGUAGUCCUAAAGAUCUUUCUUAGUUUAUUGAAUCAUGUGAUUAAUUUGCAUUGUUGAUAUUGAAAUGCCUAUAUUAAGUGCUUUGGUAGUGUAGUUUUCACUUUUGUUUUUGUUUGAUGCAUAUUUAGUUGAAUGUACAUUGUAGAUCAUCUGUUAGGAGCUAGAAGGGUGUUGAGUUCAAUGUGUCAAAUUAUAUGACUUUGAAAUGCCUUCUGGCUGUAGACAAUAUUCAGUUGAAUAUGUUAGAAUAUCAUAGUGUACAUGAUUAGUGCAUUUUAAGUCUUUGAGCCAAGGUAAACUCCCAAAGGUAUAAUAGUGCUAAAUGAAUGGAUAUAUAAUUUUAAUUGAUUGAAAUAAUUGUAUAUUUUUAAUUUAUGUGAUGUUAUUCUAUAGUUAUAGUUUUAUUAAUUACUGCCAGGAUAAUCACAUUAUUUUAUACUUGUGAUUUAGUAUUUACAGAUUUACACUAUAUGUACAAUUCUUUCAUGUUUGUCUCUGUAAGUUUAUAUAAGUUUCUAUAUUGUUUGAUGUGUUUGCUACAUGUUGCAAUUAUAAUUGUGUUUUUAAAACAUCUCACACCCCAUCUAAAUGGUAAAGAUAACUGCAAAAAUGGUUGAUUAUUAAAGUGUUAUCUAUCUAUUUUAUAGGCAUUUUUGAGACUUAACAAAGAAGGGUGUUUUUUUUUUCUUUAAGUCUCUGUAAAGGCUUUACCACAUACAGUGUUGUAAAGCACAGCAGUUUGAAAGGUAUACUGCACUUCAUAUUGUAUAAUGCACAGAUACGUGAUAACGUGUCCGACCUUGGAUGUACGCAGCUACAGUGUAUCAUUCCCACUUCAUUUACACAGAAGCUGUGGCAUACAGUCGUAUGUGAACAAGUCUUAAGGAUGCCUUCUUUAAAUAUUUAGAACUGCCCCAAGAUGCAAUGAAAUUAAGUGAAAAGCACAAAAAGCGUAAAAACAUUUUUGAAAUAUGAAAUUUGGAUAUGCAAUGUACACACACACAAAAAAAAGAAUUUAUGUUGUAUAUGAAAAGGAUAGCAUCAUUAGAAUGUAGCAAAUACAGUAGUCAAUUAAGGCCUCUCUUCUCUCUCACUCUCAUUUUUUUUUUAAAUGUGAACUUAUGACAUGCCUUCCUUCCUCCAGCAUAUGGAUUGUUCUCACUGAUGUUUCAUUUUUACACAGUGGUCCCAUUGUUGUGCACAGCCUCUGUGGCAGUAAUGAAUUCAGUGCAUGAGCUGCUGGAAGCUAGUGGGACAGAGUGCAAUCUAUGGCAGUGAGAACAAGGCAAUUAGCCCUCGUGGAGCUAUUAAGCUUCCAUAAAAAUCUCAGUAUUUCAUGACUUUGAAAUCUUUACAACUUCUUUUUGAAAAAGGAUGCAUAACCUAAGUCUGAGUUAUUGAUCAUUUCUCCAUAUAGAAAAGAUGAAUUGUACACGUAUGGAUGUUUGCUAUGCCUUUUAAUUUAAAAGGGUGAGAGAGAAUUUCUUAAAGUACAAAUGCAGAGAUACUACUUGUGAAGAAAAAAAGAAAAGAAAAAUUAUGAUGUUAAUUUUUAUUAAACAGAAUUGAAGUUAUCCCUUUAGGCAUUUUAAUGCCAAAACCAUCGUAUCAAAUCACCCUCAAGAAAUUUACUAUGGGAGAGAGGCAGUUUCAACCUUUGUACCAAAUUGAAUAUGCACCUUUUAUACACUGGUAAUUCACAACUCUCCAGCAAAAUUAUGGAAUGAAGCAAUUCUCUUGUCCAUUUCAUAUGACCUUGGGGCCCGUAUUCAUAAAAUCUUAGUAAGCCUAGUUGUACACUAUUAGUUGACAACUAGCUUGAUAAGGUAUGAAUACGGGGUCCCAGUUAAUUGAACAGAACAUGCAGCAAUUAUAAAGAGAGAGAAGAGUUUGUGCCUUUUCAAAAUUAUGUUUGUUUUGAACUUAGUUGAUUGAUGUACUUCCCAUUUAGAUAAGUCACGGAUAUAUUUUUGGAAAAGUAUUUGAUCAAACAGGGUAAUUAUUUGUGUAUUUUAUGAUAGUAAAGAUAUUUCCAUUUUAUAUGUAGUGAAACAUAAGAUGAUGAGUUGAUGAAAACCUUCCAAAAGUUCAUUGCACAAAAUCGUUGUGAGCAAUGUUUGCAUGGCGAUUGCCAAAGCAAUGGUCUGUAGAAGGUGACUAGUUAGUAAUCAUGGUAAUCAUACAAGUUUCCCUAGUACAGUUAAUAGAUUUUUGUAGAAAUAAAGACAUGAAUGUAAUAGUAAACAAUAAAGACAAACAAUAGAGUGUCACAAAA